AUGGAGUCUAAGUCUACAUUGCCAACAAUACUAGAUGGAAAGAGUGCUCCUGGAAUGGUAAAGGAGUUCAUGGUGGGAGCUGCAGGGGGAAUAACACAAGUCAUAAUCGGACAACCGUUUGACAUUGUCAAAGUCAGGAUGCAAACUCAAGUUAACGGAAAUGCCAUUCAAGUGGCACGGAAGAUUUUGACGCACGAGGGUGUACUUGGCUUCUACAAAGGCAGCCUCCCACCGCUUCUUGGAGUUGGUGCUUGUAUAAGUAUAGUGUAUUCCGUAUUCCACAGCGUCUCACGCUCUCUUCAAUCGUUCAAUCACCACGCCACACUCUCUCUAACAACACCACAAACCUAUCUCGCCGGCGGCAUAUCCGGUCUUGCAAACAGCUUCAUAUCUGGGCCGACUGAGCACAUCCGAAUCCGUCUACAAACACAAUCCUCAACCUCCAACGGACUCCGUACAUACUCAGGAGUAUACGACUGCGUCCAGAAAAUCGUCUCUACUGGAGGAUUACGCUCUCUCUACCGGGGACAAACCCCCACCAUGCUCCGCGAGUUCCACAGCUACGGUAUUUGGUUCUCAGUAUACGAACUUCUCAUGUCUCAGGUCGCCGGGUGUGAAAAUAUGUCGAGGGAAGGCAUACCCAGCUGGAAAAUUGCUGGGUGUGGUAUUGUCACGGGCGUGGUCCUCUGGGCAGCGAAUUACCCAAUCGACGUCGUAAAGAGUAAAAUGCAAGCUGAUGGGUUCGGUGAGGAGAGGAAAUAUCGUAAUAUGCGUGAUGUUGUUCGGCAGACGUGGCGGCACGAUCGGCUCCACGGCUUCUUUCGGGGGUUAGGACCGACAUUGGUAAGGGCUGUGCCGGUUUCAGCGGGGACGUUUCUUGUGGUUGAGACGGUACGGAAGGUUCUAUAG